GUAUAGUGUAUAGCAUUAAAAUAUAUACGAUUUUCAAAAUAAGCGGCACUCAAUUAACAAUAGUAAACACAGCAGUGUUGCCGUAUCACCAAAAAAGAUUUCGCUCUUCCGCGUGCGCUCUCACUCGCUCGCUCUCAUAUUAUCUCUUCCUAUUAGUAUCUCAGUGAAAGUGAAACCUGCGCCACAGACGAAUAAAACACUGGCUACAUUUUUUUUGUUCAAAUUUAAGAAUUAAACAAAAUUAGGCAAUUAUAAAAUAGCACGACAAAACAAAAGUUCAAACAAAUAGCAAAAUGUGUGGUGGUUUUACCUGCUCCAAGAACGCGCUCAUUGCGCUUAACAUUUUGUAUGUGAUGAUUGGUUUCUUGCUGAUUGGCGUCGGUGUCUAUGCACGGGCGGCCUCCGUUGUCACGAAUCUGCCAAUUGUUGGUGGCAUCCUCGCCUGCGGGGUGAUACUCAUCUGCAUAUCCAUGCUGGGCCUUGCUGGCGCCGUCAAGCACCAUCAAGUGAUGCUCUUCUUUUACAUGAUCAUUUUGUUCAUGCUCUUCCUCAUCCAGUUCUCGAUUGCCAGCUCCUGUUUGGCCGUUAACUCCGAGCAGCAGCAACAGUUCGCCGAGCAGGGCUGGAAGACGGUGCCACCCAAGCUGCGUAAACAGGUGCAGGACAGCUUCCUUUGCUGCGGCUUCAAUGCCACCAGCAACAGCGUCACCAAUGGCGAGGAGCCCAGCUGCGAGAUAAUCAAUAGAGAGUGCUGUGCCGACUCAAAGGAUCCGUUGUGCCGUUGCAGACCCUGCGGCCCCUUGUUGGAGGAUAAAAUUGAUUAUGCCUUCAAGCUGUGCGGCGGUCUGGGCAUCUUCUUCAGCUUCACUGAGGUUUUGGCCGUUUUUCUGGCGCGUCGCUAUCGCAACCAGCACGAUCCCUGCUAUUUGCCCGCACGCGCUGUUUUUCCACACAACUAUCAGUACUAAGUGGGCCACAUAGGAGCUGCAUAAGAUCAAAGAGCCAAGGCGCUGGCAAUUUUUAGUCAAAGGGACGAAGGCUGAUUUAUAAUUGUGUACACAAAUUUCCUAGCAUGAACUGAGACAAAGCUAAAUUCAGAGACCUCGUCUAAAUGUCCUUUGAAUAUGUGCAUUAAGCGCUUGAUCAGUUUCUAGUUUUAAUUGUUAAAAAGUGUUUAAGUUACCCAAUUGAGAUUAUAAAUGUGUUUGCUGUUCACUAUGUAAUAUUUGUAUAUUUUAUUAUAAUUGUACAAUUUUUUCUUAAUUUUUUAAGUUAGCUUAUUAUAAGUAUUUUAGUUCUGUUUGCAACUGGCAACAAUCAGAAAACACAACUGCUGUACCACUAAUGAACAAAAAAAUAAUAAUGAAAAAUAGCUUAAAAACCAUUUCGAACCUGAUAUAAGCGUAGAACCAAGUCAAAUGUAACUAGCAACUGUAACUGUGUUUUAACAAAGCGUAACAUAUACAUAAAGCAACUUAUAUACAUCUACAUACUAUAUAUAUAUAUAUAUACAUAUAAAUAUACAUAAAUAAUUCAAGAUAUAGAUGUUAGAUGUGUGUUAAAACUUUGAGAUUAGUUCUUAUAUUGCAUAAAAAAAGAAAACCAACAAUACAUGUCAAGAAAUAUUUCUAAAGUCUUAAAAUAUCAAAUACCCUUCCAAAGAUAAAACACCUUGAGCUAUGUUUUGCCUUCUUUGCUUCAUUUCUUCUCGUUUUCUUACAUCAUCUGCAUCUAUCUAUACAUUUUCCAAUUACUCUGCGGCGCCUACUGCUGCCUCCGCUGCUUGCACCCACGCAGGCAAACACACAAAGCCUUUAGCUAUGCUCUUCUUCUUGCCGAACAACAACAAACACCUAAACCAAUACAUGCACACACACACACACAAAUACAAACACCCACACACACAAUACAACCAACAAGUUGAGAUAGUUUUUCUCAUGUGUUUCGUUUCGUAUUUCCUUUCGAGCGACAAAGAAACCAUUAAAUAAAAAUUCUCUGUAUUCUGUGCUGUGAUUGAAGUAAACAUGAUCUUUAAAAACCAAAUAAA